AUGGUGCCUCGACCUCAGCCUCAAUCAAACUAUCCACUGGUUCAACCUGUAUUACUAGACCCACAAUUUACUCGUGUGCACAAAUGUGGCAUUACUUUUUCACCAGUUAAACGUGGUUCACGUGAUAUUAUUGAUACACUCAAGCACCAAUGUGAUUGUGCUCCUCGUGCUAUUUCCAUGGGUGAAUAUGUUGUUAGUCCACGGGUUGUAAAUGGUAAAAUACAGGGGUUCUUUGCCAAGGAAUCCGAUUAUCUCUUGGCUGAACCACCAUACGUCAUUGAUGUACACAAGACUGAGCCAAGAACCGAGCUACAACAGCAGCAACAACAACGUUCUGUCAGCUCACUCUGGGGAUCUACGUUCACGCUCACAAAUACAAUCUUGGGCUCGGGGACACUUGCUGUACCAUUUGCCAUUGCAUCCAGUGGCUGGCUCCUGGGCAAUGUUAUUAUGCUGAUCAUUGCACUGAUUACGCGAUAUUCCGUCCAUUUGUUACUGUCAGCAAGUGACCGAGCGGGGAAAAAUUGUGCUAAAACGUACGAGAGUCUUGGACAUUUUACAAUGGGCGCGUUUGGUACGAGAUUGGCCGAGUUUACGUUUAUUUUUGGUGGAUUUGGCACCCUCGUGAGCUAUUUAAUCUUCGUUACGGACUUGUGUGCGGCUGUGGUGGCUAUUUCUGCACACGACAAGUGGAUGAUUACGGUCGCAUUGGUCGCCAUGAUCGUUUUUCCAUUGUCAUUGAGUCGCCGUAUCGGCAAGUUGUGGCUCGCGUCAGUGCUCGCGAUUCUCUCAAUUGGCUAUGUCGUGGCAUUUGUCGCUCUUGCUUUCCUAGCCGUGUACAAUACUGAAGGAGCUGUAAGUCCAAUAGGAGUACAAGCGAUUCGAUUGGAACCGGGAAGUGUCUACACGGUGACGCUUUUAAUUUCUGCGUUUGCGUGUCACAAUACGGCAUUGCCAGUGUAUGAAGAGCUCAAGGAUCGGACGUUGCCACGAAUGAAUCGGGCCGUUGGUGGUGCGAUUAGCGUUGCAUUUGUGCUGUACGAAGUAAUCUCGUUGUGCGGAUACCUGCAGUUUGGAUCGGAUACCAAGGACAACAUUUUACUUAAUUUUUCAUCGGCGUACGUGUCCCAGCACAAGUCAGUGGCCGUGCCUUUGCUACUUGGACAGUUGUGUAUGGCAUUGGCCCUUGUUUUAACUGCGCCAAUUGCCAUGUGGCCCUUCCGUUCAUGUGUUUUGAGCGUAUACUUGCGUGUGAAAAAUGGUGUACAGACCCCCAGCCACGAGGCAACGUACAAAGAGUACGUGGGAGUCACAGUGCUAAGUUUAACGCUGAUCAUGAUUUGCAGUAUCUUUGUGCCUUCUGUCAAGAUUCCGUUGAGCAUCGUUGGCUCUGUCUCAGGGUCUUUGCUGAUUUUCAUCAUGCCUGCAUUAUUUUUCCUAUUGCAGUCAACUGGUCCAAUUGUAAGUCGUGAGCAUCUGGGUCCACUGCUUAUGCUCAUAGCAGGUUUCAUUGUUGCAAUUGUUGGUUUGUCAUUGACACUAUUCAAGUUAUACCACGAAUACUACUAA